CAAAAGCACAUGACGAGAGGAAACACUAGGGAUCCGGAACAGAAUUCUGAUUUUUCAUUUCUUUCCUCUUUGGUUGUUCCUCUUUUUUUCUUUUUUUUUUGUUCCCAAAGCUCCGGCUUCUAGGAAUGAGGACGAAGGGGCUGGGGUUCUUGCCUUGAGGACGAGCUCGCGUUCUGUGCAGCCCGGGGCCAUGUGAACCUGACGCUUGGAACCCUCCACCCGGUUGAGCUGCGUGUUUGGUCAUGGCGAGAUUCUGGGUCUGCGUGACCUGUGCCGUUUUCUUUCUUGCAUUUUUGGUUUUGCAUUGGCGUCUUUGUGACUCUACUGUUUUAAGGAACUUUGCUUUCCAAGUUAUCGGGCGAGCUGAGCAAAGUCUUUACCAGCUGGAUGUGGAUUGGCCUAAGCAUUCAGAAUACUUUACUGGAACAACAUUUUGUAUUGCGGUUGACUCCCUGUCGGGACUGGUUUAUGUAGGCCAAAGAGGGAAUGACGUCCCCAAGGUGUUAGUGUUCACAGAGAAUGGGUAUUUUCUACGAGCCUGGAAUUACACAGUUGACAUGCCUCAUGGUAUAUUUGCAGCCAGCACACUACAUGAGCAGUCUAUCUGGAUCACGGAUGUAGGAAGUGGGCCCUAUGGUCAUACUAUUAAAAAAUAUAAUCCUGUUGGUGAUCUCAUUCAAGUUCUGGGUACCCCAGGAAAAAAAGGCACUGGUUUGAACCCCCUACAGUUUGAUAACCCUGCAGAAUUAUAUGUAGAGGACACAGGAGAUAUGUACAUUGUGGAUGGUGAUGGAGGAUUGAAUAACAGAUUGAUCAAGUUGUCCCAAGAUUUCAUGGUGCUCUGGCUCCGUGGAGAAAAUGGAACAGGACAUGCUAGAUUCAACAUACCUCACAGUGUUACAGUUGAUGCAGUCGGUCGGGUGUGGGUUGCUGACCGAGGAAACAAAAGAAUUCAGAUAUUUGAUAAAGACACUGGAGAGUGGUUAGGAGAAUGGAAGUCUUGUUUCACAGAAGAGGGCCCAUCUUCAGUCAGAUUUACUCCUGACGGGAAGUACUUGGUUAUAGCCCAACUGAAUCUUAGCAGAGUCUUAUUUGUGGCAGCCCCACCACCAGGAAGCAUUGGCAGCUGUUCUGUGAUCAGCACAAUCCAGCUAGGAGAUCAAGUUUUACCUCAUCUCUUAGAUAUCAGUGGGAAGACAGGAGCACUCUAUAUAGCAGAAAUUGGAGCAAAGCAAGUACAAAAAUAUGUUCCUUCCCUUAGCUAUUUCUCUGCGGGAGGUUCAUGAUGGUUUUUUUUUUUUUUUUCUGGAGAUCGUUCAAGUAAAAGAUCAGAGUCUCAGAUUCAUUAAGAAUUUAAUGAUGUUCAAGUUUAAGAAUUUGUUUCUUUGUCUCUACCUAACCUAAUAUUAGAAGAAUUUAAUUUCAUAUCUCUAAGAUCUUGUAUCUUACUACCUUCUUGCAACUUAGCUUUCACUAAGGCCUCAGGCCUGCAUAAUUCCACACUCCCACCAAACUCUUUUAUUUUUCCAGGCAGAGCAUGAGAGACAAAGAGAGGACACAGAGAGAAGGAGAGAUACCCCAAUACUCCUUGAUAUCUCUGAUAAGCCUCCCUUUUUCAUGGCUCUCCUAUUUGCAUUGAGACUGAUUGACGCUUAGUUGCUUCUGUCUUCUACUUCUAGAGGAGAUGAGAGUCUUCUGUGUGCAAUGAAGAAGGCCUUCUGAUUUCUAUAAUUCAGUAUCAGUGAUUAAUUGCUUUGGUAGCUUUAAACAUGUAGCAAUUUUGAUAUACCAGCUAGCCUUUGUGAGUUAAUUCUAACAGGUAGGAUGGAGUUGAAUUAUCACUGUAUGAUCUCUAAGACCAAAAGAUAAAAAGCAGUACUGUCUC